CCUAAAUGAAACUAUCUUGAAAGGAAAGCAUACGUUUUCUUUGAUAUUUCUACUAUUAAAGGGAUUUAUUAAUGAUUUGUUUAUUUGUUUGUUUCUAUUGUUUAUUCGUAAUUUUUAUAUAUAUUUCGAAUUUAUCUUUAGUUUCUUAUAUUGAUGACUCUUCGUAGACUUAAUCACUCUUAGUUACUCAUUCGAUCUUGGACAGUUUCUCUUGUCUUGAUUGAGGAAUCUUUAAAAUUUACAUUCUUCUGUUAUAAUGAAAUAAAUUUGUUUACUAUUAAGCAUAAUAGUUUAAGAACGUAAGUACGUUUUACAUAAAACCUGUAAAACUUCUGGAAUGUUAAAUAAAUAGAGAACAUAACUAGAGUAAACAAAGUCUUUGUAAUAAAAUACAAAGAAGAGUAUAAGAUAUAUCAACAUUCUGUUCUUGGUAGGGAAGUAAAUCGUUACAUCAGUUGAACACAUUCUUAUAUGUUUUAUAAGAUUUCUUUGUCUCUAAAAAUAUUACUAAUAGACUGCAUUCAUAUUAGAAUUUCCUUUCUAUUGUUAUCCGUUCGAUUAUAAAAUGUCAUAGAGCUGUAUUAACAUAAUAAUUAUUCUGCUUUUGAAACGUUUAGGCUGUAUAUAAAAGUAAUUAGAAUGUUUUACAGGGAAUUUUGCCUGUGAAUAUGGCAAGAGAAUUUCAGUGUUUCAGAGAUGCAAAAUAUCAAAACGUGUUCCAACGCCUGCUGGACAGCUUCCAAAAAGAGGGUUUACUCCCUUCUUUCAGUCGAUUUAUUAUUUCUGCUUCUUGUAUGUUGUUAAAUUCGUUGGAUAAGAAUGAGAAAGAUUGUUAAUUAUGGAUACUAAUUAGUUUUGGAAGCUUUAGGCGUUUUCGAAAGGGUAUUAUUGUAACUUUCGAGCGAUAAUACAUGAAUUGGCGCGUUUUCGUUUCAACGUAUAUACAAUAAAAAAAGAAAUGCAUCGUUACUAUCUUGCGUUAUUUUUCGUUACUGUGUCAUUUAUACCUUCAAGAGAAAAGAAGAUGCUUAUGCUAACCUUACCACUAACAAAAUACUCUCCCCGAGACCAUUUUACACUUAUGAAAAUUCUAUCAGGAAAGUUGGCCCAUAGAACGGAUCAUGAAAUUACAUUUUUCAUUCAAUCAAGGCGAAAGCAUAAAUUACCCCGAGACGUAAAAGAGUUGGCAUUGUCUUCGUCUCUAUCUGAAAAAGAAGAAGAAAAUUUUGGUCACGCUUUACGACAACAUUCAAAAAGUUUACUCAGAAGGAAUAGUUCGUCCGAAGGUAAACAUUCUGAGCUACUUCGUUCAACAUUCGUGCAGGAAUGUAAGAAAAUGUUAACGGAUAGUAAUUUUAUUGAAAGAGUGGAAAAAGAAAAUUUUGAUCUCUUAAUUAUCGAUCAGUUUUUUACCUAUUUGGAUGCAUCUGUACCAACUCCAAUGUCUUGGGUACCACCUCUUUUCAGUGGUUUUCCAGACGAUAUGAACUAUGGCCAAAGGAUACAAAGUGUUAUUUUACAUUAUUCGCUAUCGUACUUUGCAUCGAAACUUUACAAGGAGUAUUCGGAUCUCAAAGAUUCACUUAACAUAUCACCGUCUAAAUCCAUUUGGGAUAUUAGAGCCAAUUCUUUACUUUGGUUGAUCAAUUCCGAUUUGUCUUUCGAUUAUCCCCGUCCACUAACUCCUAAUAUUGUUCACGUUGGUGGCAUGAUAACUGAAAAGUCUAAUGAGAAUUUAGAUAGGGAUUUUUUAUCUUUAGCAAGUCAUCCAUUUGGAAUCGUUUCAAUUGACUCUGAGCAUGAUUUUUGCGCAGAUGAAGAAUUUCUCUUUUUUCUAGCAGAAGAAUUAUCAAAAGUAAACGAUAUUGAAUGGAUUUGGUCUCUAAGAUGCCCAGUAAACAGUGGUCCUAUGACCGUACAUCAAUUCAGGAGAAUACCAAGACCAGCGCUACUAGAGAAUCCGAAUUGUCGGUUAAUUAUCACCAAUGGUGAUUUGAAUAGUAUUUACGAGGCUGUAAAGGCAGCUGUUCCUUUACUUAUCAUACCAAUCAGUGGGGAUGGUAUCGAUAAUGGUGCUAGAUUACGUAAGAAAGGUGUUGCGGAAGUUUACGAUGGACGGAACGAUAAGUUUACCAAGCUUGUCCCUAAAAUUCGUAAUUUGAUAGAAAAUACAAGCUAUCUGAAUGCGUCUAUUCAACUAUCAGCAAUAUUUAACGACUUUUCCCCUAAACCUACGGAAAAAGCUAUAUUUUGGAUUAAUCACGUGGCAAAGUUUGGUGCUGACCAUCUCAGACCGGCCGUUAACAAUUUAUCAACAUUUCAAAGAUAUUUAUUUGAUGUUUGGAUGCUUAUUAUAUUCUUAAUAUUAAUAGUAUUGCUAAUCAUCAUAUUUGUCACAGUUUGUCUUGUAAGGUGCUGUUGGAAACUGCUUAAGCGUAAUAAAACAAAAAGUGAAUAGUUAAUAAAUGCUAAUGAAAUUCUUUAUAUUUUUCAACAUUAUGUCCAACUGACAACACGUAGAUUUAUUUAUUGUUUAUUCGAUUUAUUAAGUAAAUAACGA